UAGAAUAGAAAAACAAUCUGAAAUAGAAAUCAAACAUUAACUGCAGAAGUCAGUCGCAUGUGAAAUGAGAGUUAGGCGGGAUAUAUCAAAACUGACGCUUUUAUCCCUGUUAGUAGACGAUGAUAAGUCUGAAAAUAUGGAUGAUGACAAAGUUGAUGAAAAAUCAAUUGCAGAAUUAGCUCCAGCACAAAGUGUUGUACAAUAUGUCUUCAACAGAGAACUUGGCAGGUCAAAGAGAUGUUCUAGAUGGAGAGACAAAGAUGCAAACACCUUGGUUGAGGAGAAAGCAUGUCAGUCCCUUAAAACCUCACCUUGUGAGCUGUCAGGCCAGUCCAGAGCAACAUUCCUCAUGACCUUCAGCCCAGAUGGGACAAAGAUUGCAUCCACCCAUGGUGACCAUAGUGUAAGGAUUACAGAUGUUGCUACUGGUAAAUGUCUACAUAUUCUGACGGGACACCCAAGGACGCCCUGGUGCAUUGCCUUUCACCCAUCGUCCAAUCAUCUUGUAGCAUCUGGUUGUCUUGAUGGGGAAGUCAGGAUAUGGGAUCUACAUGGAGGUGGUACUGAAGUGUGGAAAUCUCCCAAUGAUGAGGUUGCAAUUUCCUCACUGGCAUUUCACCCAACAGAUCAAGUUUUGGUCAUCGCUAUGUCCGAUAAGCUUCACUUUUGGGACUGGUCGCGGCCUGAACCAUUUAUGAUGUGUAAGACUGCCCGAAUCUUCGAAAAAGUCAAAUGGGUAAAGUUUGACCCUCUUGGGCACUAUCUAUACACAGGUAUAGCAAACGGAUCUACAGUACAUGCGGAUGGUUCUGUGUCCAUGUCUCAGAUCAGCUACAUCAACUCAAGCCCAUCAUCGCGCCAAAAUGAGGUUGAAAGACGACGGCUCCAGUGGCAGUACCAGCGCAUGAUGGACCAAUAUCAGCAAAUGCAUAGCAACCAGGUUCAUAAUGAGGCUGAUUCUCAUGGUGGGAUGUUUCCGGAUGAGGCUCGUAGAAUUUACAGACGUCUGAAUAGACCAUCAACAAGUUCAGAAGAUGAGCUCCCCGACCCAACCCUUGAAGAAUCAGUUGGAUUGCGAAAUGCUCGACAAUACGCAGCCGAGGUAUCCUUCAGUACAAGAAGAGGCCAGCUAGCUCAGAAUGAGGCUACAUCUCACAAUGAGGCUGAGUCGGCAAUGAGUACUAUUCAAGAACAGCGGGCUUCCAGUAGCCACCAACAAGCAUCUUCCAGUUUGAUAGCUGGUGAUCUAGCAAGACAAACCGAAGCAGUCAGUCUAGAGUCAUCAGAAUCUGAGGACACUCCUAUUACUUUAGAUAUCCCAACUGACAGUUCAAAUCUUGACAGUGAUGAUAUCGAAGCUACAGACAGCCAACAGCCAACUUCAAGUGGGAAUGUAUAUGGCACACUUCCUGGUUUAGACCAAUCAGGGGCUUCAGUACCUGUGACUGGAUCACAAAGGACUUCUGUAUCUGAUAUAGAGCCACUUAGGUCUAUUGGUCCCAGGACAGAGCGGCCCAGAGGUUGUAGUACAUUAUCCCAGAUGUUGGGUGUUAUAAUUGAGGAUGAUAGGACACAAGAAUCUCAACAACAAAAUGAUGGUAGUGCACAUACAAGUAGCAAUGCAGAUACAAGUAGCACUGUACAUACAAAUAGCAAUGUACAUACAAGUAGCAAUGUACAUACAAGUAGUAGUGUACAUACAAGUAGCAAUGUACAUACAAGUAGCAAUGUUCAUACAAGUAGCAAUGUACAUACUAGUAGCAAUGUACAUACAGGUAGCAAUGUACAUACAAGUAGCAAUGUACAUACAAAUAGCAAUGUACAUACAAGUAGCAAUGUACAAGCAUGCAGUAGUAAACAUUCAGAGAGCAAUGCACAUUCAUAUAACAGUGCACAUCAGAGUAGCAGUAACAAUGUACAACCAAGUACUUCUUCAACAAGAGGUUACUGUGGAAAUAAGGACUCUAAAAGUGUUGAAAAAUCACACAAUCCAGCCGAUGAGGCAGAUCCACUUGGAUGUGAAAAGCAAACUCCUAAAAUUGAGGCACAAUCUAGUCAGAAUAACACCAAUGUUGGGGAUACAAAAGCCACUAGUGCAUCAAGAAAAAGACCAAAUUCUGAUUCUGAUACACAUGAACAUGGUAGCAAGAUGAAAGUUCCCGAUGGAGGAAUUGCUGCAUUGUUUCGUCGUCAGUUAGAUCAAUCUUCCUCGACAACAUCAUCCAGUUCCACCAGCAAUUCUCAACAUGGUAUCACGGUUAUAUCUUCCCAUCAUGCAACAGGACAAGUUGCCAUGACACGAUCGAACCCAAGUUCUGAGAGUUUAGCUGUUGCGGCACUUGGCCAUGGCAGCCAGGCAAUAACAAUUGUUUCAUCAAAUGAGGCAGUGGUAACAUCUUCUGGUAGUUCAAUUUCAGUUACAGUAAGUUCAAGUGAAUCGGGAAAACCUGCUGCACGCCGUACCCACGUACCGACACUUUCGUCGCUAUUCAGGUCUCAACUAAGUGACAGGCCUUCAGUGGGAGAGGGUCCUAAGGUGAUUAAACUAACUACUCCUAAACCUGAACAGCAACGAUCUAUCACAGAGAAAAGUCAGCAAUCAGUAGAUAACAACAACCCAACUAUAACAUCAACUACUUCAACUGCACAACCAAUGACCCAACUGCAGAAUUAUCUUGCACAGCAGACUGUAAACCAACGAGAUAAUGCCUUUGAUACAAUCAUUAGACAGUCACUAGAAGGUCCGGGGGUAGAAGGCAGUGCACAGAGACGUCGUCAGUUACCAACUCUUCCACAACCACGUAUGAUCCCGGGACAAUUGCCCAGACUGAGGCAGCCUUCAGUUUCCAGGCAGUCGAGAAUUGAGUCUAUUAUACGAUCCCAGUUGGGUGUCCCUAGGCCAGCUCCAUCUGUUAUCAGCACUCCAACGUCACUUACCACCACCAUGACACCUAUUGCCUUUCCAAAUAUAGCUUCUCAGGAUCCAUCAAUGACGGAGGGAAGUCAGCUUAUGUCCCAGCUACAAGAGCAUACACAUACACGCACCAAUGGUGAUCACAACAGUACCAACCAACGCGAUACUUGUGUAAUGUGUGGUAACUUUACAGCACCCAGUAGAGCCAAUUUACGCCCACCAUUGAGAAGAUCUAGUACCCCUCCACCGGUUCCAGAGACCAGUAUCCCACCUGUAAGUAGUCCCAGUCCCAUAGAAAAUAGUUCCCCUGCUGUUUCAACAGGCCCCCCACCACUGACUUCACUGGUGGCCUCACAAGUGUCAAGAAUGCAUGAUAACUCAAAUGAUGUCAAUGAAUUUCCAAUAGAGGUUAUGAGACAAGAUGUCCGACCAGAUGAUAAUGUUCGUCAGUCUGACCCUGGAUUUGGAUUAUCCAACUCUGGAGACAGAUCUCGGUGGAUUCGAGAUCAAGUACAUAGACAAGUACGUCGACAUAUACAACUCGAUGAUAAUCCUACUACAUCCCGAUUAAGAGAGCCUCGAUCACGGCCAUCUAAUAUUCCAACAUUCAGGCAGCGUUUCUUGGAGCGCCAAAAUCGUCUUUUGAGACGUGGUCUACGUCAACCUUACCAAGAUCCAUCUGCAGCUCCUGGAGCCAUACCUAAUAUAACUGUCACCCAACCAGAUUAUGACGCAAACUCUGGAGUCUCUAGCGCAGAAGAGGAACUAAGGGGCCUCAGAGAAGAGUAUCGACGUAGCCAGAAUGUCCUAGAUGGCGCUAGUUACCCUUCAAUGACAAUACAAGUCAGAAGGCGACAGCUUCAAGAGGAAAUACAGUUGAUGAGAACAGAAGCUUCAAGACGUCGCCAGGAGCAACUUGAGCGUGACCGCCACUUGCAUGCACUUCAGAGGCGCCAUCUACAUCCUCAUUAUGCUGUCAGUAUCCUAGACGAGACAGUGAACAGACCAGACGAUGGUUUACAGUCAGCUAUCAACAGAGCAAUAGCAGGUGCUUUCAUGGGUUCAGGAGAAGCAGCAGUAGCUAGCAAUAUUAUCAAUGUAACAUAUAGAAUCCAACAGUGGGACUUCCGACAGUUUCAGCCUCCAGAUCUCACAAGAGUGGAGGAUGGAAUGGUUGUACCACAUUGCAACAUUCACAAUGACGCAAGUGUGGAUAUUUCCUCUAGUGGCAGAAUGCUCGCAACGUUUGUUCCCAGUCACAGAGGUUUCCCUGACGAUACAAUCCUAGCAAUGUACUCAUUAGAGAAGGAUAACUUUGGACAUUGCUUGUUUACUAAAUGCUUUGGGCCUAAUGUUGUGUCACUCAGUAUUUCACCAAUGGACGACCACGUCCUGAUUGGUCUAGCAUCUAAGAGGUUGUCAUGGAGCUUUGUGCAGGAGCAAGUCAUUGCACAGAUAUAUAAGCUGGAGAAUCGUGACCAGGGAGAGGAAUCAAUGAGGCUGGUAACAGAUAUUUGUCAUCCAUGUAGCAGUAAUGACCACCGUACACGGCUCAGCCUCAAUUCAGCAAGAUGGCUGCCAGGCCCUGGGGAGGGAAUCGUCUAUGGAACUAACAAAGGACAUCUAAGUAUAUGUAGGCCCAAGCCAAGUUAUCCAAUCUCUGAAUCUGAGACAAAGAUUGGCACAUCAUCAGCGGUGCGUCGUAAUCUUACUUUACGUCUUCAUCAGGAUACACUACAAUCACGGAUAAGAAAUCGUAUCAGCCAUGCUGCGACGCAAACCUCCCUAAGGAGGACAAGGCGAACAGCUGCGACGCAGACUGAGCAUGAUUCAGAUUCGGAUUGAUUUUUAAUGAUGAAUAAUUUAUCAUGUCUUUGUGAUUAUAAACUUUAAUUUUUUACAAAUAAUUCUUUACUAAAAAAUGUAUUUAUUAAUAAUAUUGUUAAACAUUAAGGUAGGCCUUGGAGAAUAAGUUAUCAGGACAAAUUACAGAUGAUCAGUCUCGAUCCACCUUAGCUUAUUGGAACCCAUAAUAAAACCAGACUAAUUUGAACACUUCUGGAACUGGCCAGAAUUUGAUUGGAUUAGUAGUUGUUCACUCUUCCUUGUUCUUUUAAAUGUGAAUCAAAGGGAGAUAUAAAUAUUAGGUCUGAGAAAAAGUGAUACACAGGCUGCGCAGCACUAUAUCUUGCCAAGUAUUUAAUGACCAUAAUUUUAUCAUACUCUUAUAGACACUCAUUGUAAAAAUAACAUUUUAAUGUAGGCUUUAAUGUAGGCAGCAUAGAAUGCGAUAUCUGGGUGAUAAAUAUGAACCUUUUGUUUGAGGAAUGACAUCUUGUGGAUCUGCUUGUAAAGUGACAUUUUGGAUGUCAGCUAAAAAAGCUGCCAUCUAUUAAUAUAGGUCUAUAGUUCUGAUAUACAUGUAUUAAAAAUUAAUGUAAGUUGAAUCUAUACUGCAUUAUAUUACAAACCCAGCGAAACGUUUAUAUGGAAGUCGAUGGGAAAGUAAGCAGCGAUAUCCACCAAUAUUUUGCCACUUGCGAUAUUAAUCGAAAGACAGCUUU